AUGUGGCCCCCCCCUCCCCCCGCCCCCCCCACCGGGCCCGGGAUGGCGGACGAGAGCCGACAGAGCAAGCUGGCCGCGGCCAAGAAGAAGCUGAAGGAGUAUCAGCAGAAGAACAGCCCGAGUGUCACAGCAGGAGCCAAGAAGAAAAGGAGAACGAAAGAUGGCAGUAACCCUGAGACUCCUCCCUCCGGCGGCCGCCAUUCUCCUCAAGACAUUCAGGACAUACUGAAGGUGCUGGUGUCUGACCUUAGUCGUUCCAAUGGGGUAGCGCUGCCCUCAUUGGACAAGCGGAAGGCGCCCCAUGAGAGUGUUGCUUUCGCCCAGCCACCUGCGGACGUCACCGGGUCCCUUGGCUGCUCCAGCCCCCCCCACCCCGCUAGCAUGGCGCCGGCUCAGAUGUGGGAUGCUGACCUCAGGUCCCGCCCUCUGGACGAAAGCAAGUCUCUGUCCUCAACCGAUAGCCUGAGGCAGCUCUCAGAGCAGCUCAACGGAAUCGUCUCCCAGUCCACAUCCUACAUCAACGGAGAAGGCCCGGCCCCUUCCUCCAACAUGAAGGAACUGGAGAGCCGGUACCAAGAGCUAGCAGUAGCCCUGGACUCCAGCAAUCUAACAAACAAACAACUCAGUAGCAAGAUAGAGGAAUUGAAACAGCAGAACCAAGAUGCUCUGAAUCAGCUGGAAAAGGAGAAGAAGGACUUUGAGCAGAAGUUUUCCAAGGAGCAGGGGGCCCUCAGGGAGCAGCUGCAGGUUCACAUCCAGACCAUCGGGAUCCUCGUUUCAGAGAAGACGGAGCUGCAGGCCGCUCUGGCCCACACCCAGCAGGCUGCCCGGCAGAAAGCGGGUGAGUCCGAGGAUUUGGCCGGACGACUGCAGACGUCCCGGCAGCGCGUGGGGGAGCUGGAGCGGACGCUGUCUUCUGUCUCUACGCAGCAGAAACAAGCAGAAAAGCACAACAAGGAGUUAACGAAAGAGCGGGACGCCCUGAAACUGGAGUUGUAUAAGCACGGCAAGGGCAACGAGGAGCUGAAGCAGCAGAACUCCGAGCUGGAAGAGAAGUUGAGGGCGCUGGUGACGGAGAAGGCAGCGGCUCAGCUGGGCCUGGAGGAACUGACCAAGAAGCUGGAGAUGGCCGAGGUGUUGCACCAGUUCUCCAGCCAGUCAGGGGCCCCGGAUGCCAACCAGCAGCUGCAGCUGGCGCUGGAGGAGCGUGUGCAGCUGGAAGCUCACUUGGCGCAGCUGUCAGAGUCGCUGCAGCAGCUGCAGAUGGAGCGGGACCAGUAUGCGGAGAAGCUGAAGGAGGAGGGGGCCGUCUGGCAACAGCGGGUGCAGCAGCUCUCGGACCAGGUGCGGCUGCUGGGGGAGGAGAAGGAGCGCGGCCGGAGUCAGAUCCAGGAGCUAGAAACCAGCCUGGAGGAGCUGAGGACGCAGCCUGCGGCCCCCUCGCCCCCAGAUGAGGCGCCGGGGCCCUCGGAGGCCGAGCGGCAGCUGCAGGAGGAGGCGGAGCGGCUGCAGGGGGAACUGGCGAGGCUGGCGGAGCAGCUGCGGGCCCAGGUGCAGGACAACGAGGGGCUGAGCCGCCUGAACCGCGAGCAGGAGGAGCGCCUGCUGGACCUGGAGCGAGCGGCCGAGCGCUGGGGGGAGCAGGCGGCCGAGCGGGAGCAGAUCCUGGAGAGCAUGCAGAGCGACCGCACCACCAUCAGCCGGGCGCUCAGCCAGAACCGGGAGCUCAAGGAGCAGCUGGCCGAGCUGCAGAACGGCUUCGUCAAGCUGACCAACGAAAACAUGGAAGUGACCAGCGCCCUACAGUCGGAGCAGCACGUCAAGAAGGAGCUGGCCAAGAAGCUGGGGCAACUGCAGGAGAAGCUGGGGGAGCUGAAAGAGACGGUGGAACUGAAGACCCAGGAGGCGCAGGGGCUGCAGGAGCAGCGGGACCAGUGCCUGGGCCACCUGCAGCAGUACACCGCUGCCUACCAGCUGCUGGCAGGGGAGAAGGAGGAGCUGCAUAAGCAGUUCCUGCUCCAGACCCAGCUUAUGGACCGGCUGCAGCACGAGGAGGUGCAGGGGAAGACGGCUGCCGAGCUGGCCCGCCGGGAGCUGCAGCAGGCCCAGGAGAGUCUGCAGGCCGCCACCCAGGAAAACCAGCAGCUGCAGGCCCAGCUCAGCCUUAUGGCAGAGCUGGGGGAGAGCGAUAAGGCCCCAGAAGGGGAGUCGGAGAGUGAGGAGCGGGUGGAAGAGGCCGAGGAGAGGCCUAAGCCAGCCGUGAGCAUCCCCGAGGACUUUGAAAGCCGCGAGGCCAUGGUGGCAUUCCUGACCGCGACGAUGGCCGGGGUGGAGGAGGAGCGGGAGCGGCUGCGGCGGCGAUGCCAGCGCCUGGUACGGCAGGCGGCCGCCCUCGGGCAGCGGCCCAGACCUCUGGCGCCGGGGCAGCCCGAGCCCGGGGACAGCGUCCCGGGGGAGGUGUACCACGCCCUGCAGGCCGCCAUGGAGAAGCUGCAGGGCCGCUUCACGGAGCUGAUGCGGGAGAAGGCGGAUCUGCGGGAGCGGGUGGAGGAGCUGGAACAUCGCUGCAUCCAGCUGUCCGGGGAGACGGACACCAUCGGAGAGUACAUCGCCUUGUAUCAGAGCCAGCGGGCCGUGCUAAAAGAACGCCACCGAGAGAAGGAGGAGUACAUCAGUCGGCUGGCCCAGGACAAGGAGGAGAUGAAGUUGAAGCUGCUGGAGCUGCAGGACCUGGUGAUGCGACUGGUCGGGGAGCGCGACCAGUGGUACCGCAAGUUCCUGGUGGCCGCCCAGGGGCCGGCGGAGGUCGUGGGGCCGGGUGGCCCGGAAGAGGACGGGGGCCUGGCCCCCGGGGAGCAGCCGGAGCGCAGCGCCGCUGAGGGGGAGGACCUGCGCGAGGUGAGCCUGGCGGAUGAGCCAGCGGCGGGGCCCCCCUUCCUUGGCGAAGCGCCCCCCAGCCAGCCCCAGCUCGAUGACCCCACGGCCCAGCAGAUCAUGCAGCUGCUGCGGGAGAUCCAGAACCCCCAGGAGCGGACGGGGGGCCUGGGCGACAGCCCUUGCAUCCCCUUCUUUUAUCGGCCCGACGAGAACGACGAGGUCAAGAUCAUGGUGAUCUGAGCGGGGAGUGGGCCCGGGGCCGGCCGGGGCCCCUCCCCCCCCCAGCCAGGCCACCCGCACCGGUGGGCAGGAGCCAGCUCAGCUCGGUGGACUCCCCGUAGCCACCUGGCUACCAACCCAGGGCUUCUUCCCCUCUUGUCCCCGGGUCCGAGGGGCAUGUUUAUUCUUAGCUGACGGCGCAGAGGAAGCAGCCCAAAUCAGGCGGUGCCCGGGUGGGAACCCUCGGACCACCCCCCUCCCCACCCCUUCUCGUGGAGGGGGGCGGGGGGUGAUGGCAAGAGGGCCAUUAGGGCCCCUCUCCCUCAGACCGGCUCCUAUCCUGGCUUUGGUGGAUGCACCCGAGGAGUCCCCCCCACCCCAAACCCCCACCCUAUCCCCCGCUCCUUGAGCCUUCAGAGGCGGGACACGCAGCACUUUCAGCGGGCUCGGAACGGGCGGCAUUUCCUUCCAGCGGGCACGGGCAACCGAGAGAGGGUAGAGGAUAGACUCCGCUUGAACUGUGGCAGGGAAGGCGGCAGGGCGCGGGCGGUGUGUACAUACUGUAGCUGUGUAACAUUUUGUAUAUUGGAGGGAGCACGGCCAGCGGAUAGUGCCGCCGGUGGGCCUCUCUGCCCGAGAGGCCGAGGACCCCGCCCCCGGGAGAGGCAGGGGGCAUUUGCUACGGACUCAGAGUCUAAUAAUUAUUUCCAGGGAUGGGGGGAAACUAUUUAUUGGUGGCAUAGAGCAGGGCAAGGAGGGGCUGGGGCCUGGGUGAUUUGACUCCUGUUUCUUUGGCUUUUUCUUUCGGAAUAAACGGAUUCAGCCCACCA